AAUUGUUUGGCAAUUUACAAAAUUUUUAACAAACAGACUCAUACAUUUCGGCUUGAACUGUAAAUUGUUUACCUUUUUUUUUUGUAGUAUUUUUUUGUUUUGUAGUUGUCUUAGCUUUUUUGUUGGUACCACCGACACAAGCAAAAAAAAUCGAGGAAAACUGCAGAGCUGGGAAAAAUAAGAGAAUAAGCAUAAACAUAAAUCCGGAGUCUAUAUCAUUAUCAUUCUCGAAACCCGGAGAGCCAAUAGCCCAAAUAAACCGCAGAAUCCCUUGUAAUGGCUCUACUCCGUUCGCUGAGCGCUCAACGAACAGCCAUCAGCUUGGUCUACGGCCGAAACAGCAGCAAGUCAAGCAGUUCCGUGGCCGCCGCAGCCGCCUGUCGGAGCUUCGACCAGCGGGUCAGAAGGAGCAGCAGCGCCACUGGAAAGGGGGUUUCGUCGGAGGGAUCCACAGGUGGGCUUAAUGGGCCACGCUUCCUGCACUCCGGGGACCGGCCGCUGCAGGCCUCCACUCUUGUCCAGCCGGACCUGGUGGCCGGUGCGACGAGGAAGGCGUCACUGAAACAGGAGUCCUCCCAAAAGAAUAACCCCUCGCCCGCAGGCUCGCCGCAGAGGGAUCCCCUGGACGUGACCUUCAACGACCCAAUCGCCGCCUUCAAGAGCAAGACCACAGGCGAACUUAUGCGCGCCUAUUUGGUCUACAUGAUCUGUUCCAGCGAGAAGCUGGUCGAGCACAACAUGACGCUGUUGAAACUGGCGCGCAACCUGCUCGGCCAAAGGCUCUUCGUCCUGCUGAUGAAGUCCAGCUUCUAUGGACACUUUGUGGCCGGCGAGAAUCGGCACACGAUUGUGCCCGCCCUAGAGAGACUAAGGUCAUUCGGCGUCAAGCCGAUCCUUGACUAUUCCGUCGAGGAGGAUAUCACCCAGGAAGAGGCUGAGAAACGCGAAGUUGAGUCUUCCGUUUCAAGUGCAGGCGACAGAAAAGAGGAGGGCAGCAUGCCGCAGUACCAUGUGGACAAGUCCUUCGCCGAUCGGCGCUACAAGGUGAGCAGUGCCCGCACCUACUUCUACCUGAACGAGGCCACCUGUGAGCGGAACAUGGAGAUCUUCAUCAAGUGUCUGGAGGCCGUUUCGGAUGACGAUCGCAAGUCGCCCCGGGCAGUGGCCACGGGCGCCACCUUCGGAACCGGCAUUACCGCCAUUAAACUCACCGCCCUGGGCCGUCCACAAUUACUGCUUCAACUUUCCGAGGUGAUCAUGCGCACCCGCAAAUACAUGGAGGACAUGGUGGGCGGUCAGGGCAAUGUGCUGACCCACCACAAGACCAUCAAGGAUCUCGAGAAGUAUUAUUCCUCGCUGGGCGACAAUAAGGACGUGAAGGAGUUCCUGAACAAUGUUACGUCCGACAAGGAGGGGAUCCUGCAUCUGUUCCCCUGGUCCGGCAUCGUGGACGAAGACUCGCAGCUGAGCGACACGUUCCGCGUUCCCGACCCCCAGACCGGCCAGAUGCGUCGACUGAUCUCACAAAUACCGCCCAAGGAGGAGGAGAUGUUCAGGAACAUGAUCCGUCGCCUCAACACGAUUGUGAAGGCUGCUGCCGAUCUGGAUGUGCGCAUCAUGGUGGACGCUGAGCAGACCUAUUUCCAGCCGGCCAUAUCGCGCAUCACCCUCGAGAUGAUGCGCAAGUACAACAAGGACAAGGCCAUUGUCUUCAACACGUACCAGUGCUACCUGCGCGAGACGUUCCGUGAGGUGAACACCGAUCUGGAGCAGGCCAAGCGCCAGAACUUCUACUUCGGCGCCAAGCUGGUGCGCGGUGCCUACAUGGACCAGGAGCGGGACCGCGCCAAGUCGCUGGGCUACCCGGACCCGGUCAAUCCCACGUUCGAGGCCACCACAGACAUGUACCACAGGACGCUCUCCGAGUGCUUGCGACGCAUCAAGCUGAUGAAGGACUCUAAUGAGGAUGCCAGGAAGAUUGGCAUUAUGGUGGCCUCGCACAACGAGGACACCGUGCGCUUCGCCAUUCAGCAGAUGAAGGAAAUCGGCAUUUCGCCGGAGGACAAGGUGAUCUGCUUCGGCCAGCUCUUGGGCAUGUGCGACUACAUCACCUUCCCGCUGGGUCAGGCGGGCUACUCCGCGUACAAGUACAUCCCGUACGGACCCGUCGAGGAGGUGCUGCCCUACUUGUCGCGACGCGCCCAGGAGAACAAGGGUGUGCUCAAGAAGAUCCAGAAGGAAAAGCGGCUGUUGCUCUCCGAGAUUCGGCGUCGCCUUAUGCGCGGCCAGCUGUUUUACAAGCCCAAGGGCAACUACGUGCCCAUCUAAGCUGGCCUGGAUGGAUGGAACCACUCACUCACCCACACAUACACACACACACACACGCCCGAGACGGGAAUUCGGCUGCCAACCUUAUCCGACCUAGGAUAUCACCAGAAAGUCGAUCGCUUCGGGCCUAUUUUAAUGUUUUUUUUUUGUCGUUUUUAUUACUCUUACGAAAUUUGCGUACAUCUGAAGUAUAUAUAUAAAGACUUGUGUAUAUACCAAGGUCCUGCAAGGGAACAAUGGUGUUCUUACUCCCUAUGGCCCUUGCAGAUCUGCAGGAUCUUCGCUCACAAGCAACUUCAAUUAGAGACGGCAGCACUGAGCGGUGGUCAUUUUUUGAUGAAAAUAUGUACAUUUUUACGUCUUGUUGCAACAAUUAUCUAAACGAGUUCUGAAUGUGUGUUACAUAAAAAACAAAAAACAAAAAAACCUAAACUUGAAAACACGUGGAGGAAGUAAACGAAUGUGGAAACACACAUUGAGGAUAUUGAUGAAAAAGGGGAUUGAAUUGAAGCUAACAUUUUUUAGCAUCGUAACAAAAAGAGCAUAAAUCGAUAUACAUAGUAUAUACAUAUUAUAUACAGUGUAACGAGAGCAAAAUGUUUAUAGAACUAUGUACCGAUCUAUAUCUGCAUAGAAACAUGUAUGUGUAUGGCUGCAUUUUAGUCUAGGUUCAUUAAUUUGUGCCUGUUCCUCAGUAUCAGUAUAAUAGUCAUCCAUUCUUCAUUUGCGAUGUGAUUUCUUGUUGGUUUCUCCCUAAGUUACGACCAUAAACUAUAUAUUUAUAUAGAUCAAUAGCGAGAGAGAGCGUCCAUGAUAAUUGUUCCUUCAGCUAGUGGCCCUCCCAUCCGAAAUAGUCAAAUACUACUGUCCAUAGGAACCAUGGAUAACCGCUCACACCUAUACCUAAACCUAGCCAGUUUUAUUACGAUUAUGCUAAAUUAACUUAAAUCUAUAUGUUUAAUUUAGCAAUUAACGAAGCGAUAUUAUAGAAGUCAUUACUACGAUAGUCGGUGAAUUAGACAUCGCAACCGAAACCGCCUUCUUUCCCUGUUUUUUGUUUCCAUAUCCGCUUCCCCGUUUCGAUUGCUCAGACAACUACAUACUAUAUAGACAGACAGACUUGACCAUAUACUAAGGCACGCAGAUUGAACCGAAUAGUUUUCUAUUAUUAUCCUCAUGAUUAUUAUUAUUGUAUUGCAUAAACGCUAUAAAUAACUGAAUAAAUAAUUGUAUGAAUGUUAACUAUUUCAAUGACAAUAAUAAAAUGUUAAAAACGAA